AUGCCACCCCAUUCCGGUUGUCGCUACAUGGCAGGCGGACGCCCGGCAUAUCUCCCUCGCCUCAAGACCGACCUUCAUAUUCAUCUCAUCGACACCGUCUCUCGAUCCACCCUCACCCAGACCUUUGUUCAUCCACACAAGGAUGAGCCAGUUGACGGGGUUGAGUACGUAUUCCCGCUGGCCGGCGGAGUGUCUGUGGUUGCCUUCACAUGCAUCCUCGCCGAUCGCACCAUCAAUGGCGUUGUCAAGGAGCGCGAACGAGCCAGGUCGGAUUACUUGGAAGCCAAGAGCAAGGGAAAAACCGCUGGUCUCAUUCAGCAAUCACUCAGUGCCUCGGAUGUCUGGACGGCCAGUAUUGGGAACGUCCCGGCUGGGGAGACCAUCACUGUGAAGAUCAUUUAUCUCAGCGAGCUGAAGCAUGAUGCCGAGAUCAAUGGAGUGCGGCUUACCAUCCCAACUCAUAUUGCGCCACGCUAUGGUAACCAAGGAGGCGUUGAAGGUACAGGGUCUGCUAUCGAAGAAGAGGAUGCGGAGAUGCCUCCUGGAUCAUCAAUAACCACCGUCCAGUCACCUAGCCAUCCGAUUUCUGUCAACAUUGGGAAAAUCUCCACUGAUAAAGAGUCACAGCCUUCUCUUAGCAGAGCUUCUGCUGUACUUUCGACUCCAUUGACAGGAUUCAUAGAGAAGGAUUGUGUUUUCGAGGUAGUAGCAACCAGUCUCGGCGAACCCGUUGCUUUUUUGGAAACACAUGCUUCCCUCCCCAACCAGCGUGCCUUGAUGGCUACGCUUGUACCGAAAUUCGACCUGCCCGCCGAGAAGCCUGAAAUUGUCUUCCUCUGCGACCGCAGUGGUAGCAUGAAAGGCAAAAUCCCUGCUCUUGUUGCCUCGCUCAACAUUUUCCUCAAAUCACUGCCGCUCGGCGUGAAGUUCAAUAUUUGUAGCUUCGGAAGCUCGUUCGACUUUCUAUGGCCAAGGUCCUGCACAUAUAGUCAAGACACACUCAGCCAGGCGGUUGCAUACGUCCAGGAUUUCAGCGCCAACUAUGGCGGCACCGAGAUGUAUGAGCCGAUCAAGACCGUGUUUGAGCAGCGAUACAAGGAUACGAGCCUUGCCGUUUUCCUCUUGACGGAUGGCAAGAUAUGGGAUCAGCAGCGACUAUUUGACCUCAUCAACAACGAAGUUGGUAAACCUGAUGCAAACGCUCGUAUCUUCACCCUUGGGGUCGGAUCUGGAGCCAGCACAUCAUUGAUAGAAGGGGUUGCCCAAGCAGGGAAAGGCUUCGCGCAGGCUGUCCUGAAGUCAGAAAAAAUGGACAAGAAAGUCAUCAGGAUGCUCAAGGCGGCGCUUCUUCCUCAAAUAUCUAAUUAUAGCCUUGAGAUAACGUAUCAAGACACCAGCGCACUGCCAGAGGAUGAUUUUGUCGUCAUUGAGAAGAACAUGGAAUCACUCAAUAGAACAGCCGCGGAGGAGGAAGAAAAGGCGACCCCAGUCAUAUCGCUUUAUAACAAGGGCCUAGAGAGCGAAGAAGAUUCGAGCGGUGAUGAUGGUGGUCCGGCCGCGGUUGACGCCAAGUAUGACCAUCUACCACCCGUCGAUGUCCCCGCCUGUAUCCAGACCCCGACCGAGAUUCCUCCUCUUUAUCCCUUCAACAGAACAACAAUUUACGUUCUCUUACCGGCAUCUUGCCCCGAACGAAAGCCGAAGUCAAUUCUUCUCAAAGCCACAUGUUCACACGGUCCUCUGGAAGUCGAAAUCCCAAUUGUUCAUCUACCCGAGCCAUCCACUACGAUUCACCAGCUGGCCGCUCGUAGGGAGAUGAAGGAGCUUGAGGAAGGACGUGGCUGGCUAGCAAAAGCAAAGAACGCCGAGGGCGAGCUCUUGCGAACCAAACACGACGGGAGGUUCUCCGACAUGGUGGAGCGAGAAGCAGUACGUAUCGGAACCCGGUUCCAGGUUGCGGGUAAAUGGACCUCCUUCAUUGCCGUUGACGAAUUGCCCGAUGGAAGUGAGCAGUCCGUUGCGGACGAGGGCUUCAGUCAAUCGCAGCACGCGGAGCCAGCUCAGAUAAGCACGAUGCCUCUGUAUGCUCUAUCCCAUUCGAAAAAGAAAAAGGCCGUUAUGAGCUGUUGCUUCGUUGCGGAUAAUGAUUAUGGCCAUGGAAAUCGUGAGGACAAGACUGACGACGAUCCUGCGGAGCUAGAGGUGAUGAAGAUGGCAGGCCGCCCGCUCAGGCGCAACGUAAAUACCCAGCAGCACAUGAUUGACCGGAUAACACAAAAGUCAGAUGUGGUAGAUGAUGCGGGUAAGAUGAACGGGGAGCGUCUUGACCGGAUUGGUGACGGUCCGGUUUCGAGGGAGCAGAAAACGCACUCACCCACUCCGCUCCAGACCCUCGUCUCUCUGCAGCAGUUUUCAGGUAAUUGGGCAUGGUCUCAAGAACUCAAAACAGUCCUUAGAUUCGAUAUCAAAGGCCCCGCCGAAGCAGCUCUCCUCAAAUCUGUAGACAACCAUACUGAUGCUGAGAUGAUCAUAGCGACAGCAUCCGCAGUGACGUUCCUGAAGAGGAGAUUCGCAGAGGAUAAGGAGUUGUGGGAUAUGCUGGCCGAUAAAGCAGAGACUUGGCUACGUGGAAAGGUCGGGGAGAAUGUAGAGGAAUUGUUCAAGGUCGUGGAGAAAGCUAUGGGAUUCUAG